UUAAACAACACAAGAAGAAGAACAGCGCUGAUAAAUCAGAUAUUUGUUCUCAAGCGCGUCAACACUCCAGUCCAGUUGGUGGAAGUUGUUGUUUUGAAAACCUCCAGAAAACACAAGAAGAACUCAUUUCGAUGUUCAUCAUGAGAGAACAGAUGAAUGUGAUCCACACUGGAGAACAGCAGAUGCUGCAGAUACCAGUGAAGAUGUGUUCAGUGAAGCUGCUGGACUGCAGGAACCUGAUGAAGAUGAGAGGAGAAAUCAAAGUAGAGGAACAACAGAGUGAUGAAUAUUAUGAAGAAACCACAGCAAAGGAACAACAGAAGCUGAUGGACGUGAAAGAGGAACAUCAAGAGCUGAAUGAAGCAGAGAAGAAACAUCAUGAUUUCACAACUGGAGAAACAUCUUUGAGUUGCUCAAAGACUGAAAAUAAUUUCUCACCAAAAAAUCCUCAAAGAAGAGCAGCAAAGAAAUCUCUUACUUGCACUCAGUGUGAAAAUAAUUUCGCAUGUAAAAAAAAUCUUAAUGUACACAUGAGAAUUCACACAGGAGAGAAACCUUACACGUGCCAUCAGUGUGGAAAAUGUUUUGCAUAUGCAGUUUCUCUCAAAAAGCAUGUCCGACAUCACUGUAGCAGAGAAAAGCCAUUUGAAUAUGAUAACUGUUGUAAAGCAUUUGUUGAGGAUUCAGACCUAAGAAAACACCUGAAAACUCACACAAAUGAGAAGCCUUACAAGUGUUCUUUUUGUGGGAAAUGUUUUGCACACCUGUCCUAUUUGAAAAAGCACCAGAAAAUUCAUACCUUUUCUGGAGUUCAUAUGUGCUUUGAAUGUGGAAAGACAUUUAUUACAGCCAGCAGCAUGAAACAGCACCAAAUAAUUCAUACUGGAGAGAAACCUCACAAGUGCUCACACUGUGGAAAGAGUUUCACUGAGUCACAUCACCUGAAAACACACGAGAGAAUUCAUACUGGAGAGAAACCUUACAAGUGCUCACACUGUGGAAAGAGUUUCACUCAGUCACCUCACCUGAAAAGACACGAGAGAAUUCAUACUGGAGAGAAACCUUACAAGUGCUCACACUGUGGAAAGAGUUUCACUCAGUUACAAAACCUGAAGUCACACGAGAGAAUCCAUACUGGUGAGAAACCUUACAAGUGCUCACACUGUGGAAAGAGUUUCACUCUGUCACAAGACCUGAAAAAGCACGAGAGAAUUCAUACUGGAGAGAAACCUUACAAGUGCUCACACUGUGGAAAGAGUUUCACUCUGUCAUGUACUCUGAAAACACACGAGAGAAUCCAUACUGGAGAGAAACCUUACAAGUGCUCACACUGUGGAAAGAGUUUCACUCUGUCACAAGACCUGAAAAAGCACGAGAGAAUUCAUACUGGAGAGAAACCUUACAAGUGCUCACACUGUGGAAAGAGUUUCACUCAGUUACAAGACCUGAAAACACACGAGAGAAUUCAUACUGGAGAGAAACCUUACAAGUGCUCACACUGUGGAAAGAGUUUCACUCUGUCACAAGACCUGAAAAAGCACGAGAGAAUUCAUACUGGAGAGAAACCUUACAAGUGCUCACACUGUGAAAAGAGUUUCACUCUGUCACAAAACCUGAAAACACACGAGAGAAUUCAUACUGGAGAGAAACCUUACAAGUGCUCACACUGUGGAAAGAGUUUCACUAAGUCAUGUAAUCUGAAAAGACAUGAGAGUAUCCAUACUGGAGAAAAACGUACGACUGCGAUUCAUUUGGGAAAAGUUUAAACAAAGCAAGUAAUCUAUAUAGACAUGUAAAAGAGUAUUGCCCAAGAAGUCACAGUUGGUGAUCGACCAAUAUUUGUUUUUCAGUGGCCCAUACCAAUAAUCCGUAGAGGAGGUUGGCCAAUGGCUGAUAUAAAUAACCAAUAUACAUAAUACAUUUGAACAACAACAUGUACACAAAAAGUCUUAAGUGAAACAAAAUCAAGAGAAAGUUAACGCUGCUGUUUAUCGGUCAAGUGAACACUGUUAUUGGCCAAUGACGAUAAUUGCAAAAUUGCAAAAAUCGGUCUAUCACUAGUCACUGUUAGCAAAAUGGGAGAGUACCCACAGUACUAAAUCACUGACUGAGGUUGAAUCUUAGAUGUUUUUGCCCCUUUGAAAACCCGGACUGUUUCUUUUACUGACUCUGUUCCUUGAUAUACUCCUGAAUACCGCCAGCUUAAACCUAAAGGCCGUCGGCUGGAGCGUUUGUAUGCCAAAACUUGUCUUACAGUUCAUAAAGUAUAUUAUGCUCAUCAUAUGCAACAUUAUAAAGAUGCUGUCUCUAAAGUAAAAUCUUUUUUUUUUUUUUUUCUUGUAAACAAUAUCCUAAAGUCACCGGAGCCUUUUAAAUUAUGAUGUUUUGUGGCCCGUCAGACUCGGUUUCCUUUAAACUACUUCUUUCUGCAUUUUCUAUCUUUAAAAUUCCAACUGUUGAUGAGAGAUCCUCUUUUAUUUGGAAAUCCAGACCUGUCAGCUUGGUCCUCUUCCAACAUAUUUAGUUAAAGUAAGUUUACCUCUUUGUCUUCUUUAAUCACUGAGAUCGUUCAUUCUUCACUGUCCUCUGGUUUGGUUCCUAUAUCAUUCAAAACUGCUUCAAUAACCCCAAUACUCAAGAAACCAGGGGCCGAUCCUACAAAUGUUGAUAAUUGUUGUCCUAUUUCAGAUUUACGGUUUAUUUCAUAAAUUUGUUUGGAAAGGAGUGUUGCAGUUCAGAUUCAUGAUUGUCUUUCAGCUAAUAAUUAGUUUGAACAAUUUCAAUUGGGUUUACUUCCACAUCAUAGUACGAAAACUGCACUUGUCAAAAUGACUAAUGAUCUGCUGUUGGCUGCGGAUUCUGGUCAGCUGUCAAUACUCAUUCUUCUUGAUCUGAGUGCGGCCUUUGAUACGAUCUCACAUAAAAUCCUCCUAGACAGUCUGGACUCAGUUGGAAUUACGGACACCCCCUGUCUUGGUUUCGAUCGUAUCUUUCUGGUCACACUCAGUUCAUACAACUCAAACAUUUUAGAUCUAAAUCAUCACAAGUUAUCACUGGCGUUCCACAAGGCUCAGUGUUGGGCCCCCUUCUAUUUCUUAUUUGCUGCUCCUUUGUCAUAUAUUUUGGAAACAUGGUGUCAAUUUUAACUGCCAAGCCGAUGACACCCAGUUCUACCUGUCUUCCAAACACACUUCUUUCCUUCCUCCAGCUGUUUAUCUGAAAUAAAAACUGGUUCUCAUCUAAUUUUCUCAAAUUAAAUUGUGGAAAAACGAAAUUCUCCUUGGAAGAACCAUAUCUAUUUUUGGCAAAAACUGAUUUUCGGCCGUGACUAUCGAUCAGUCCACUGCUUCUCCUUCACCACAGGCUAAGAGUCUGGGUGUUGUCCUUGAUAGCACCGUAUCCUUUGAAGCCCAUGUUAAUAACAUAACUCGCUCUGCAUUCUUUCAUUUACGUAAUAUUAAUCGUCUUCGUCCCUCUCUCACAUUGAACAGUACUACCAUUCUUAUUCAUGCACUGGUUACAUCACAUUUUGAUUACUGCAAUGCUAUCCUCUUUGGUCUUCCUUCCAAACUUCUUCAUAAACUUCAGCAGGACCAGAACUCAGCUGCACGAAUAAUUUCUAGAACCCCCUCUAACACGUUUCACCUGUUCUUCAACAUUUGCUUCUGGUUAAGCACCGAAUUGAUUUAAAAAUCUUGCUUUUACAUACAAGGCUUUAAAUAAUCUUACUACCUCAUACCUCUCAGAUUUUUUUCAUACCUGAACACCUACUCGUACCCUCAGAUCUGAUCACUGUUAUACAGCCCCUUACUUAUGGUAUUCCGUUCCUCUGGACAUUUAUAACAGUGAGUCAUCAUACUUUUAAAUCUCAUAUUAAAACACCUUUUUAAACAGGCUUUUUUGUAACUUUGCAUGCAGUGAGUUCAUACUUUGUAUCUUCCAAUGUAUAAUUGCAUAUCAUAGUAUUGUUUGUUUAAUGUUGUUAUUGUUGAUUCUUUUAAGGAUGGCAUAUUUGUGUUCUGUUUGUAAGGUGACCUUGAGUGUCGUGAAAGGCACCUAUAA